AUGGACGAAGAGGAGCUCCAGGAUGACCUGCGCCUCUUCCCAGUUUUUCCCAAUUUCCUGGUUUCUCCCCAUUCCCCGUUUUCCCAAUUUCCGGUUUUCGCGUUUUCCAGGCUGGGGCUCCCGCGCUCCUUCCCGGCCGUGUACCUGAGCCUGGCGCUCUCCUCGCUGCUGCUGCUGGGCCUCAGCGCGCUGGCGCUGGCCAGAGUUUCCUCCAUUUCCUCCAAACUCCACCAGGAGAAACAGGAAUGGAAUUUUUCCAGUUGGGAUUCCUUCCUGUUCCCGUGCCGGGCGGAUUCCCGGGAAUGGGAAUAUUUCUCUGGGAAUUGUUAUUAUUUCUCGCUGGCGCGGCUGAGCUGGGAGCGGGCGCGGGAGCGGUGCCGGGAGCGCCGCGCCGACCUGGUCGUGGUGGGCAGCUUCGCCGAGCAGCAGUUCCUGAUGUCCCGCGCGCGGAACGAGCGCUUCUGGAUCGGCCUCACCGACCGGAAUUCCGAGGGAAACUGGGAAUGGGUCGAUGGCACCGACUACAAAUCCUCCUUCACGUUUUGGCAGGAGGGGGAGCCCAACGACAGCGGGAAUAACGAGGAUUGCGCUCACCUCUGGAUCUCCGGGAAGUGGAACGACGUCCACUGCACCUUCGAGUGCUUCUUCGUCUGCGAACGCCCCCUUGCCCAAAAAUCCCCUUUUUCCCACUAAAAUCCGGGAUCCCCAUUCCCAGUUUUCCCGCCCCCCGCGGGGCUGCGGUGUGAAAUUCCCGAAAAAAAUGUGAAUUUUUUAAGGGAAUAAAAGGAGAUUCCUG